ACAUGAUCCCAUCGCCAGAUAAUGAUGAUGGCAUUCUUUUAAGCCCAGGGAACGCAAAGGUUCUCCCAGCUUUCAUUUUGUUGCUCACUAUGCGAAUUAUCAUUAGAUCGUUAUUGUCAUAAAACCUAGCUAUAUAUACAUAGCAUUCUCUACAAACAACAACGCCACCGAUAGAUAAUCAUGGGAACCAUUCUACGAGAAACCAAUCCACAAUCCCUAUCUCUAUCACUAUCACCAUCACUAUCACCACCACCCGGCUGGACAGCAAACCCACCUGAACUCGAGGACGACGAGUCCUUCUGGGCCCAAGACGACGCAGGCACACCCGGGUUCUAUCUCAUGUCUCGCCAAUUCGAAGAUCCGCAUCUGAUCAUGCGCACGACGCCGGAUAACGGGGUGCCGGAGUAUAUGUUUCGGUCUGGAGAGAAGUAUUUCUUUUGGAGUGAGAUCGAGGAUACGGUGUGGGAGGUGUUGGAGCCGAGUGGGUUAGAGGAGAUUAUGGAGAGGAUGAAGGAGGGAGGGUUUGGGAGGAAGGGGGUGAGGGUUAGGAGGAGGUUGUAGGGUGGUUGGAGGGGUUU